AUGGAGGCUGGGCAGGAGAGCUUCCGUCUCGAAACGAAAAAUGGUGCGGCUUCGCAUUGUUCUGACCGACGCAGCUUAUCUGCCUCAGCCUGCGUGUUGGACGAGACAGGCUCUUCGGAGAGGGAGGCAGAGCGGGCAUCGGAGUUGUCGGUUAUCACCCGUGCUUUGAGGAAGCCACUCACCAGCAGUUACUGCUGUCACGAUUUCAGGGGUGUCCUGUGUUUCAUCCCAAAGGAUAUUGAAGACUCAGAUUUGCGUGACCCAACCAGCAGCGGUGGCAGUGUGAGCCCUCGCACGCCAGAAAUAUCAUCUUCUAGCGUUGCCAGCUCAAGGAGUUCGUCCUCGAAUGCAUCGGCGAAAUUGGCUGAUAAGCAAAGGCGGUGGAGCUACCUACCAACGGCCAGGGGCCACGACAUAGUCAACAGUACAGCGAACGCGGGUGCAUGGAAGCGGUUGGAAAGCGUCCCUUCGUCAAAUGAAGCUCCCUCGACGCUCGACAGCUAUAUCCCAUGCCUCUUCUACCGUUGGCCUGCUUCAGACCUGGUGCUUGUACAUGUCCAUGGACUCGAUGAAGACUUAGGUGUUGUGGCUCCUAUGCUGAGAACCGUGCACCAGCGUCUUCAGUUGAACGUUCUUGCUAUGGAGUUCCCAGGCUAUGGCGUCUGCACGCCUGUCGACAGCGCUGCGCCAACUCCCUCGGUGGCGAACAAGGGGUCAAUUGAUGGGGGCAGUCCGUGUUCUAUGCCUCCGAAUGUCCAUUCGGCCAGCAAUAAGGAAUCUGCCUCUGCUGAUGCCGCUUCACAGGACAAAGACCAUGUGCAACCAGGAUCGACCGGUGUGACAAUUUCUGGUGCAGACGAUGGAAAAGACAAUAGAGUGGAUAUGAGAAAAAGGCGCGAGUCAUCGGGAGGCGAAAGCGACGAAGACAAAACCCUGUCAUCAGCCGUGGCCACUGCCUGCGAUGGUGAUAACGCGAAGCUUCUUGUCAGUCUUCGCUGCCUUCUGUCCUUUGUUCUGCGGCAACUCCGUGUGCCACCACAGCGUGUCUUCUUUUCGGCAAAUAAGCUGGCUGCAGGACCGGUCAUCGAGCUAUGCAGUUUUGCAGAUCUUUUUUUCAACGGGAACAAUUCCUUCGGCGGGCUGAUUCUCAUCGAACCUCUUCUUGUCCCAGAGCUCGGUACCCAGAAUUCCUCUGGAGGUGGUCUUGAAUCACAAGUCUUCUCUGACUUAUCGUUGCCAUUCAAGUUUACUCUCAACUCUCAACAAGGCAGCCGAGGUGAACGCGGUUCGGACGUCGUUGUUCCAGAGACCUUCACACUUCUCAGUUCUCUGCCGGGUGGCAGCAGCGGAGAUCCUUCCCCAUCGGUCUCCACAUCUGAAACAGAUGUGUCCUGUUCGUCAGCAUCUUUCCAGACAACUUCUUUCCCAGAAGCAACGCUUCUCCCCCGUGUUGGUGUUGCAAGUUCUUUACGACAGGAGUCACCAAAAACUGCAGUGGAGGGCAAUGUUGGGGGAACCAUAUCUGGUACGGACUGUCCGGAUGUCUCGGCGGUUGAGAGAUCCCUCCCAAGGAAAUCGCAUGAUCCCAGUUUCCCCCGACGCGUGAGUUGCACCGAUAGUGUGGAGAGCUCUUUGAGCCACAAGGCUGGAAAGCUAUCUAGAGCAACUUUGGGAUUGACCAGGGACGCGGCUCCACCGUCGUGCGAUAGGGUACCUGAAGAAGAAAGACAGGGCGAUACAGCGGGGUGUGGUGGAGCAGAAGGAAGGGACCGAGCACCACCGGGCCGCUGCAGUGGAAUGCAACCGAUUUUCUCACGGUGUAACGAGGGUGCUGCUGGAGGGGUGCAGAAACACAUGCAGCCGGAUCAUCCAGCUGGUGCUGAGGUCGAAGCGACAGCGGGUGCUGGUUCCGCCGCGUCGCAGUCAUCGUGCCGCCCCGAGACUGGCAGCAGGCAGGUAGAACAGCACCGUGGUGAUUGCUCUAUGCAUUCUGACGAAUCGAAGCAGUAUGCUGGAUUGUCUAAGGGGACGACGGCAUCUGGCCUUUCCUUCCCUAGUGAGGCACCUACGGACUUGGUUGCAAGGAGGAAAGAUUUGCUGCCCGAGGAUUCCGGUGGGAGGAGUGAAUCUCGAUAUAGUGGGAAUCCUCAGUGGGCCGUGGAUGAAGCCUGCAAGCCUGUGUUCACCGAAGUCCCUGGCAAAAAUGGUUCCUGCCAGAAAGACCGCAACCUCGCCAGCCGCAGAUCUCCUACUGAUGCUGCUAACGUUUCAACCGACCCCGUGGCUUCGGCAGAUGCGCAGGUGGCGAGUGCCAAGCAGGGUCUGGCGCGUAAGCUUGGCCAUGAAGGCAUUUCCUCUGAAGAGACAGCUUUCACAGAGGGUUGUCUGAAGGACGCCGAUACAUCUAGGCAAGGGCAAGAGACCCAGAGGACCUCUGCGGACGAGACCAAUUUUAUUGAGAGCGCCGCCGAGCGUGCAGAAGUUGCGGACGCCACGUCGGGGCGCCAUACAGCUUGCGGCGGCACGGACAGUGCUGUACCCUGCCAUCAAGAGUCUGCGGUAGACAGCUUAUCAAGAGGGUAUACCCAGCAUGAGGAAGAAAGUGGAGCCUCGACGUUUUUCUCUUUUUUAACGAGCACUGUAUCUGGCUCGUCAUCAGGUCACAGCACCGAGUGGGAGGACGGACGGUCAAGUAACCCUUUCCUUAGUACUUUGACGCGGCUGCUUUCUGGCAGCCUCGUGGGCGAAGGAGGCCCGCAACUCGAAGAAGGCGGGCGCGCUGCAGCAAUCGCGCAGGCAGCCCUUGAAGAAAGGAGAAAGCUCACUCUUGCGAAAGACAAAAAAAUUGUUCAGAAGCUUCCAGCGGCCUUCGGGAUAAAGCAAGCGAUUGCACAUAUCCGAGAAGUAUCGUGCCCCCUGCUGUUCAUGAAACGCGAGCUGUAUUUGCACAUGAAACCACACCUUGGAAAUGCGACGAGGUGUAGCACGGCUGCCCGAGGCGCGAGCAUCGCUGUGGAAGACGGAGGUUCCUCGUCAGAGGAUCUUGCUUCCGAUGCACUAAGCAAGUCCUUUUCCGAUAUGGAUGAAGACUAUGACGUGUUUUCCGAGGACGUGUCCAGCGUUACCAGUGACAGCUCCGCCGAGAGCACAUAUGAGGAUGAAGGGCUUGACAAAACGGUGAAGGGUGAGAACGAAGAUAGUCGGUGGAAGGUUUUCGGUGGAGGAUGGCUUCGUUCCUCAGCGCAGCAGUCAUCACACGUCGCAAGGCGGAAGAGCACAGAACAACAUAUUGUGCGAGAGUCGAAGAUUGAGCAGCGCCGGCUUCGGCAACAGAUAAGGCAGACAAAAAUUGAACGCAUGAGGGCAAGGGAACGAGAAAGAGAGGCGCGGAAGCGUGCAACUGCCUAUUUAGAAACCAUGAGUCCUAGAGAAAAGCAAGAACUCGAGCAGGAGGAGGCAAGCUCAAGUCGCGUAAUUAAGUUGCUCUCGGAGAUGGCGGGGUCACCAGACAAAGAGACCGGCGUGUUCGAUUUCUUCGAAGAGGAGUUCUACCAAAAGCUGGGCUCGUUCAUCAGUGAAGCUUUGAGUCACCAUGCCGCUGCUGGAGAGCUGGAUAUACGGGGGCGCCAUAGCCUUACUCCUGAAUCAGCUGCAGAUUUCUUUUCCAGACGAGCAACGCAGCAUAUGAUGGACAAGGCACGCGGCGUUUGUGGCCGCCGACGGUCCUCUGGGGGCCACGUGGACGGUCCCCAAGGAGUGUGCGUCCCACUCCACAUGUUCGACGUGCCACUUCCAUAUAGGCAGAGAGAUGCGUUGGCCAAGCAGUCGCAAUCGAAGGAGGUGUCGGAGGGAAAGUCUUGGAUAGAACGGGCGUUCAACGCUUACACUUCAUACUUCGACUUGCUGGGGUCGGCAUCAACAGUUGAAUGA